CACCAUUAUUAUUUGUUGUCAUUUUUGUGUGAAAAACGGGGUGAUAUCAUACGCGUAGUCGUUUUCCAAAAUUUAUAUACUAUUUAUAUUUUUGGAAGUGAUUGUUUGUAAUUCACACUGCUUAUACCUCUCCGGAUUUUGAGACGAGUAAAAAAGUUUAUCAAUAUCUAAGAGCGUAAGUGCUGCGAAGUUUUAUUAAAAAUGGCUUCCGAAAAGAUAAAUACAUCUGAUCAUCUAAAUUACAACACUGUGUAUCAGUCACAAGGCGGGUACCCCCAGGGUGGUUACCCACAAGGCGCUUAUCCUCAGGCAGGCUAUCCGCAAGGUGGUUAUCCACAAGGCGGCUACCCGCAAGCUGGUUACCCUUCGGGCGGCUAUCCUCCACCUCCCCAACCAGGAUUCCAGCCAGCCGGAUAUGGGGCUCAAGGCUAUGGUGAUCCGGCCGGUUACGCGGGCCAAGGCAGCAACUUCGGCGAGGAUGCCGACGUCAAAGGCUUUGACUUCAAUGAACAGAGCAUCCGCAAAUCUUUCAUUCGAAAGGUUUACGGGAUCUUGAUGUGUCAGCUGCUCGUGACGUUGUCCUUUAUAACGCUCUUCCUGUACCACACGCCGACUAAGCUAUGGGUGCAGAGGAAUACGUUCAUGUUCUGGAUCGCGUUCGCGGUGGUGCUGGUGACGCUGAUCGCGAUGGCGUGCUGCCACAGCGUGCGGCGCACGGCGCCCAUGAACUUCAUCUUCCUCGGGAUCUUCACGGUGGCCGAGAGCUUCCUGCUCGGCGUCACCAGCAGCAUGUACGCCAGCGACGCGGUGAUGAUAGCGGUGGGGCUGACGGCGGCGGUGUGCCUGGCGCUCACGCUGUUCGCCUUCCAGACCAAGUGGGACUUCACCGUCAUGGGCGGGGCUCUGCUCUGCGCUACCGUCGUGUUGCUGAUCUUUGGUAUCGUCGCCAUAUUCGUCCCCGGCAAGACGAUGACUCUGAUAUACGCUUCGCUCGGCGCACUGAUCUUCUCCCUCUACCUCAUCUACGACACUCAGCUGAUGAUGGGGGGCAAACACAAGUUCACCAUCUCCCCGGAGGAGUAUGUCUUCGCUGCUUUGAACCUUUACUUAGACAUCAUAAAUAUCUUCAUUUACAUUUUGACGAUCAUUGGCGCCGUAAGAGAUUAGAGCACUUAGACAAUUUUGCUUUCUUUGUAAAGUUAAGCGUCUGCCAGACUUGACGUGAUGUUGUAACAUUUAACAGAUCCAAGCUUAUAUAAUAUCAUAUUGUUAUAUAUGGUAGGUAAUACGUUUGACAUUGUGUGAUUAUGUGAUAUUAAAAAAUGCGUCCACAUCUCAUAUUUCUUAUCAUUUCUUAUUUAUUUUUAAUUUAUAAGAAAUUUCUUCGGUCGUAGAUAAUGUAUUUUAAAAUAUCAAUUAAAAUAUAAUUCUUAAAUUCACAGUAUUAAUAUUGAAAACUUUUGAAAAAUGGGAGGAACUAUUUUAAAAAAAAAGUCACAUUCCGUUUUAUAGUAAAAAUUAUAAUUAAAUAGUAAUAUGAUAAAAUUAAUUGCACACGUCGAGUGUGGUCGUCGCUUGACACCACAGACAAUAAAGUCAUUUAAUUUAACAGUUUCCAAUCUAUUGAUAUUUAAUAUUUUAAAAAAUAACUCUUAAUGUUUAUAGCCUAUUUACAUUAUUCCGACAUCAAUUGCAGCUUUGCUUUAAAAUUAAUGAUUAAAAGGCCGGAACGCUAUAAACGGAUAGGAUGUCAAAAAAUUAUGAAUCUAAUAUAUUAUACUCUAUAUGAAACUAUUCGAAUAUUUGAAACGUAAGCGCUUUGAAUAAACUUUAAGUAACCGAAGAAUUAUAAUUAUAUUUAUAAUGACUAAAUGGUUAGACAGAAGUUGGCCCGUAUACUGUGUCUACUUAAGUUGGUCAUAUUAGUCAUCUUUUUAUAAACAAAUGCCGUUAUGUCUAUCCCUCUCUCUUGUAGAGCAUUGUCCCUUUCAAACCAAUAUUUAAUUGUGUGUAAUAUAAAAUGUGAUGUUAAAGUCAUUCAUUACUUUAUUUCGUAGGUGUUAGAGUUGCAUUUAUGUGCAGUUUGGUGUUUAAUAAUAUAUUCCAAUUAAAGUAUAUCAGCACUAUUAAAUGUAUUGCUAUCGAUUAUAAUCUGUUCCACUUUUUGCCGCUAGAUGGAGCUCUAAAAUAUAAAAUUAUAAGAUAUUUUGUGACCAAAACUUCAGCGGACACUCACAAAAUAAAUGUUUAUGUAUAUUAUAUUUUUUAAUUGUAAUCUCAAUAAUGGUCUUUUUUUAUAAAGAUAUUAAGUUCAAAUUUGUUUAAAGUAUCCCAUAUCUGUAAAUACAUGCAUAUUUUUACUGAUAACUUUCAGACUGUUGUUCGAUUCUUUUGUGUCGGAAACAAUUAUUUUAAAGAUCUUUGCAAAUUGACAUAAACAUUACCAAAUUAGAUUACAACUUAAAAUACACUAUAACAAGUUUUGAAAGUUAACAGUAUUUGUGUGUCUCUAUAUGAUUCUUAGGUAUUAUUUAAUAUUGUGUUAAUAUUUGUUACGUUGAAAUUGUAAUUUUUAAUAAAAUUAUCGUAACAUUAAA